AGGCGACGCGGGGCGGAGCCUCGCGAGAGGCGGGGGCCGUGCGGCGGCGCGGGCUGCGGGAGGCGGAGGCGGAGAGGCGCCGAGGAGCCGCGGGGCCGCCGCCACGGCGGGCGGGAGAGUGCACAACCCUGGGGCCUCUGAGCUGUGACUCCUCAGAUGAUUCCAGAAAUGAGGGGGAAGACAGACGCCUUCCAUACCAGCUGAAAAAGCGGGCCAGCUCCCUCCAUGCACUGCAAUCCCCCUACGUCGCCAGGCCCAUUCUUGUACUCACCUGAGGAAUCUUACAACUGAUGAAAAUUAAUUUAAGAAUCACAUGGAACAGCUCCACAGCACGGGGGCCAGGUGGCCCGGGAGAAGAAUGCCCCACUGAUGGCCACUUCUCUGUGUGGUCUUCCCAGGUGAAGAGAGUGUGCAGGAAGAAGGAAAAGAAACCUGCCCCAGCCCUAGCCCCCGCGGGACUGCUGCCGCUUAGAAGAAGGGCCAGAGCCCGGAAGGCGGCUGAGGGAGGAGUGUGAUUCCCAGCACUGCUGCUGGCACUUUCCCCAUGACUUGGGCAGCCUGGAACCUCCCAGACUGAAAGUAACGCUUAGCGGGUGGUUGGGAUGCAGGAAAGCGGGCGCCGGUGUGAUGGGAUGCGCUUAACUGCCGACCGGUUCCUUCUGAGUUCAUCGUAUUGAAGACGUUGCACUUUUGUCUCCCUUGCCGCCUCCUGCCCAGAGGUUGGCCCGGCCUUCCCAAAACAGACCCCAGCCAGGGCUGCUCUCCCUUGGUGGACUGGACAGUGGCAGUCGGCAGAACUCAGUGACACCCGGGGGACGGUGGGCACAGCCUGGCUGUGAAUUGUUCUCUUCCCCAUUGAUCCUGAGAAGACUUUGCCUCUAAGUCGAAGCUCGGUGGGCUUCAUUCAGAGGCUUUCUUGUUUGUGUUUGUUUGUUUUGUUCCUCCCUUCUAGAAGGAAACGGAUGUAAUCUUCAGGAGCUGGAGAGGGGGGCGUGUCUAGGAGGGAGAGGGAGGCAGUGGAAUCCUGUAACUGGAGGGUCCAGGAAUCUCCCGCGGUGAACACUCCGGAGCCUCAGAACUUUCCAGCACUUGAUCUCCGUCCACCUCUAUGGCCCUGAGGGCUGUGUGGGCCCUCAGAGGGACUGUCGGGGGGCGCCCCGUGCUUUCUGGGGACACAGCCACUGGCAGGGAAGCCGGCCCAGGCUCCGAGGGGAGGCGUUCCUAGCUCUGAACAGAGGGACGGCGGCUCUCUCUCCUGCCGUCUGCACACACUGGGCCCUGUCCGCAAGCGUCUGUGCCUUCUCUCUCCUGUAUGCAAUCGCUCCAGCUCCUGCAACACGUGUGUGUCUAGCAGAGACAGCCUGCCGCAGGGUGGCCUCAGGGCAGAGGGCCCCACCUCUCCUGUCCCCUCUGCAGGCUGUUUCUGACCAGGAUUGUCCAGCCCCAGGGGUUCUUAAAGCCUUAAGUUACUUGAAAUCCGCACCCUGUGUCCCUGGAGUCCUCUCCCACUUCAACUGGAAUCUUAGACUGAGCCAGCAUAGCCGAGCCGACUGGAAAGCAGAGACCUGGGUCCCAGCAGCCACAGCUUCACGGUGCUCUGUCUCCAGAGGGCCAGCCUGCUGCCCCCCUGAGGACCUGGAGACAGACAUGCACCCCGACACUUCCCUCAUGUGUCACCUGUUGCCGCCGUCGCUGAUCAAGGACUUGUGGCCGUGAUGCAACUGGAAAACCCCGGCCCCCUGACCAGAUCGGGGUCAGUGUGACCCAGAGGGGCCGGGAGGACUUCGCCCGAGACACCGGCCAGCGAGAGAAGCCGGGGACAGCCCUUGGGCCUCGGCGUCGCUGGCUGGGUGAAGGGGGAAAGAAUGUUUGCAGCAGUGGAGCAGGGGCCCGUGCUCUGCAGCGACUCCAACAUCCUGUGCCUGUCCUGGAAGGGGCGCGUCCCCAAGAGCGAGAAGGAGAAGCCGGUGUGUCGCCGGCGCUACUACGAAGAGGGCUGGCUGGCCACGGGCAACGGGCGCGGCGUGGUCGGCGUGACCUUCACCUCCAGCCACUGCCGCCGGGACCGCAACACGCCCCAGAGGAUCAACUUCAACCUGAGGGGCCACAACAGCGAGGUGGUGCUGGUGAGGUGGAACGAGCCCUACCAGAAGCUGGCCACAUGUGACGCGGACGGGGGCAUCUUCGUGUGGAUCCAGUACGAGGGCAGGUGGUCCGUGGAGCUGGUCAACGACCGGGGGGCCCAGGUGAGCGACUUCACAUGGAGCCAUGAUGGGACUCAGGCGCUCAUCUCCUACCGAGAUGGCUUUGUCCUGGUUGGUUCUGUUAGCGGACAGAGACACUGGUCAUCUGAGAUCAACCUGGAAAGUCAGAUCACCUGUGGCAUCUGGACUCCUGACGACCAGCAGGUGCUGUUCGGCACGGCGGACGGGCAGGUGAUCGUCAUGGACUGCCAUGGCCGGAUGCUGGCACACGUGCUGCUGCACGAGGCGGACGGCAUCCUCAGCAUGUCCUGGAACUACCCCGCCUUCCUGGUGGAGGACAGCAGUGAAAGCGACACCGACUCAGACGACUACUCCCCCCCACAGGAUGGCCCGGCCGCCUACCCCGCCCCUGUGCGGAGCGCCAAGCCCCUGCUCACCGUCAGCUUCACGUCGGGGGACAUCAGUUUGAUGAGCAGCUAUGAUGACCUGGCCCCCACCAUCAUUCGCUCAGGGCUGAAAGAGGUGGUGGCCCAGUGGUGCACGCAGGGGGACCUCCUCGCCGUGGCUGGCAUGGAGCGGCAGGCCCAGCUGGGCGACCUCCCCAACGGUCCCCUGCUAAAGAGCGCCAUGGUCAAGUUCUACAACGUCCGUGGGGAGCACAUCUUCACCCUGGACACACUCGUGCAGCGCCCCAUCAUCUCCAUCUGCUGGGGCCACCGAGACUCUCGGCUGCUCAUGGCGUCAGGCCCGGCACUGUACGUGGUGCGCGUGGAGCACCGCGUGUCGAGCCUGCAGCUACUGUGCCAGCAGGCCAUCGCCAGCGCCUUGCGCGAGGACAGGGACGUGGGCAAGCUGGCUCUCCCACCCCGCCUCUGCUCCUACCUCUCGGCUGCCUUCACCCCCACCAUCAAGCCCCCGAUCCCCGACCCCAACAACAUGCGGGACUUCGUCAGCUACCCAUCGGCUGGCAGCGAGCGGCUGCACUGCACCAUGCGGCGCACUGAGGAUGACCCUGAGGUGGGCGGCCCCUGCUACACGCUCUACCUGGAGUACCUGGGCGGCCUGGUGCCCAUCCUCAAGGGCCGGCGUGUCAGCAAGCUGCGGCCGGAGUUCGUCAUCACAGACCCCCGCUCGGACAGCAAGCCAGAUGAGGUGUACGGGAACAGCCUGAUCUCCACCGUCAUCGACAGCUGCAACUGCUCUGACUCCAGUGACAUCGAGCUCAGUGACGACUGGGCUGCCAAGAAGUCGCCCAAAAUCUCCCGGGCCACCAAGUCGCCCAAACUCCCCAGGAUCAACAUUGAGGCCCGGAAGUCCCCCAAGUUGGCACGUGCCGCCCAGGAGCUGUCCCGCUCCCCACGCCUGGCCAUGCGCAAACCCUCCGUUGGCUCACCCAGCCUGGCACGCAGAGAGUUCCCCUUUGAGGACAUCACUCAGCACAACUACCUUGCUCAGGUCACGUCGAACAUCUGGGGAACCAAAUUCAAGAUCGUGGGCUUGGCUGCCUUCCUGCCCACCAACCUGGGUGCAGUCAUCUACAAAACCAGCCUCCUGCACCUGCAGCCGCGACAGAUGACGAUCUACCUCCCGGAGGUGCGUAAGAUCUCUGUGGGCUACGCCGACCUGCCCGUCUUCAACCCCAACGUGUUCAGUGAGGACGAGGAUGACCUGCCAGGGCCCGGCGCGGGCGGCAUCGCCGAGAGCAGCCCGCCCUGCACCCUCAACGUGCCCAUCGCGCCCAUCCACAGCUCGGCGCAGGCCAUGUCGCCCACGCAGAGCCUCGGGCUGGUGCAGUCGCUGCUGGCGCAGCACAACGUGCAGCUGGACGUGCUGAGCGGCCCGGCCGAGCCCGCGGGCAACGCCGUCAACCCCUACCCCGCGCCCGGCCGCUACCCCAGCCCCGGCCAGCUCAUCUUCGGGGGCCUGGAGCUCGGCCGCCUGGGGCCCCCCGCGCUGGCACUGCCGCCGCCGCCGCCGCCGCCGCCGCCCCCGCCCCCACCGGGCGAGCCGGAGCCCGAACCCCCGCAGAGGCCCCGGGCGUCCCGCCCGCCGCCGCCGCCGCCGCCGCCGCCGCCGCCCCCCCCCGACGACGCGCCACCGCCUGAGCCGCCCGGGCCCCGCCUGGCACCGCCGCCGCCCUACCCGGGCACCAUCCCCGCCGCGCCCACCACGGCCGCGCCGCCGCCGCCGCUGCCCCUGCCGCCCGCGCCCCCGCCGGCCCGGCCCGGCCCCGAGCUGCCCGCGCUGCCCGCGCCGCCGGGCUACGAGCGCAUCACCACCUUCGACAGCAGCGGCAACGUGGAGGAGGUGUGUCGGCCGCGCGCGCGCGCUCUCGGGCCCUGCGCGCCCCCGGGCAGCGCCGCCACGCUGCGCGUCACCGCGGCCGAGAAGCGCGCGCGCCCGCCCUGCGCCGCCGCCGCCGCCGCCGCCCUCGCCCGCCUGGCCGCGCCGCGCUACCCCGGGCCGCCCGGGGACCCGCCGCCCUACCCCGACGCCGCGCCGCCCGGCCGCGGCCUCAUCCACGCCACGCUGCGCCGCAACAACCGCGACGCCGUGGCCCUGCUGCGCGCGCCCGCCGAGCCCCCGCGCGCGCCCCCGCCGCCGCCGCCGCACCCCCGCGCGCGCGCGCCCCCGCGCCCGCCGCCCGCGCUCUACACCUGCCGCCAGUGCAGCGGGGGCACCUCGGGGCCCGGGGGGCUGCCCCCCGCCGGCCUGGGCCUGGGCCCCGGCCCCGCCUACAGCCUGCUGGGCGCGCUCCCCGCCGUGCCCGCGCCCCGGGAGCGGGAGCGCGCGGACUAUGUGAACUCGGCCUUCUCGGAGGACGAGGCCCCGCGCCCCGCGCCGCCCGAGCCCGCCGCGCCCGCCGCCAAGCGCCCGCCGCCCUACCCCUGGGAGCCGGGGCCCGGCGAGGACGUGUGGGUGCCCCAGGACCGGGCGCCCCUCAAGCUGCCGCCGCCCUUCGAGGCCCCCAAGGCGCCCGCCAGCCCCGCGGCCGCCUUCCCGCCCGGCUACCCGGGGGCGCCCUUCGCGGGGGCCUACGGCGCGCCCCCGCUGCCCGCGCCCUGCGCCCCCAAGGACGCCCUGGCCCCCGCGCAGUUCGCGCAGCCGGACCCCGCCUACCCGGCCGGCCUGGCCUACUGCCCCGGGCCCCCCCUGUACCCCGGUGGCGCCGCCUGCCCCGCGCUGCAGCUGCCGCCCGUCGCCCUGCACCCCUGGGGCGCCUACGGCCAGCCCCCCAAGGCCCACCUGCUGCCCGACAAGCCGCUGGGCUCCCCGCCGCCCGCCGAGCUGCCGGCGCCCCUGGGCCCCGAGGCGGUGGCCGAGGCGGCCGACAGCUUCCAGGAGGUGCUGUCCCUGAGCGAGAGCCCCGCGCCGCAGCGCGCAGACAAGCCCCGCAAGGGCCGCAAGCGGCUGGACGAGGGCAGCGCCGCCCGCAAGGAGGCCCGCACCCUGGGCGACUUCAACGCGCUGCUCGCCAGCCCGCGCCUGGGCCGCGACAAGAAGAAGGCCAAGGGCCCCCGGGAGCCGCUCAAGGCCAAGAAGCUGAGCAAGACGGCCGAGUUCCAGGACAGCUCGGAGAGCGAGCCGGAGCUCUUCCUGGGCGGCGACGAGCUGGUGAGCCAGAGCCAGGCGGCCCGCAAGGGCUGGAAGAGCAAGCGCAGCCUGCGGGGCGCGGCGGGCGAGUCCGAGGACCCGCGCUGCCGCAAGGCCAGCGACCACGACGGCCGGGCCUGCAGCCGCGGCUUCGUCUACGUCAUGGCCAACAAGCAGCCGCUGUGGAACGAGGCCACGCAGGUCUACCAGCUGGACUUCGGCGGCCGCGUCACCCAGGAGUCCGCCAAGAACUUCCAGAUCGAGCUGGAGGGCCGGCAGGUGAUGCAGUUUGGAAGGAUUGACGGCAACGCCUACAUCUUGGACUUCCAGUACCCCUUCUCGGCCGUGCAGGCCUUCGCCGUCGCCCUGGCCAACGUGACCCAGCGCCUCAAGUGACAGAUGAGCUGUCCCCGGCAGCCCAAGGCGGAGGAGGGGAUGCGGACAGGGCACCGGCCGUGCCCCUCGCUGUCUGUCUGGCCUCUUGUCCCUCAUCACUGUCUUUCUUCUUUCUGCUUGUGAGCAAGAUGACGCGGGAACAGGCCCAGGCUGGAGCGGGGCUUCUGGAAGAGGAGCUGGGCCUGUAGUGUCCAGCCGCGGCCACGUGGGGGUGCCACCAGGCCUGAGGGGUCCCACUCCCUACACCAGGGUGCAGACACUCCCCCCAGAGGCAACCUGGUUGAUGAAGAGUAUUUGGGGACGCACUGUUUAAGUCCAUUAGAGGGAGGCUUCCCCCAGGAGGGAAGUGUGGGAUGAGACAGGCCCAAUGGGGAGUGGGAGUGUCCAGGGCCUCCAAGGUCCUUUGCAGGGCAUGUCUGCCCCACUCCAUGGGGCCCCACGGUGCGGUGAGAGUGCGAGACACAGAGCCCAAGGGGGGACCAGCUGCCUUCUGGCCCAGAAGUCUCCCUGGCCCCUCCCCAGCCCCUGCCGCCCAGCCCUGCCCUUGCCAGGGCUCUGGCCAGGGUACUGAGAGCAGUAGUUGCCGCUGUGCUCGGCCCCGCAAUCUUCUCUAGAAUAGCAGGGUGCUUGGUGACGUGGGCACAGUGCUUCGCGGGGAGCUGGGCACUGGUGAAGCUGUGGCCCUUAAGGUAGGUGGCAGAUAAUUGCUCACUGAGACACCUGGGCUUCAGUGACCUGGGGUCCCCAUUCCCCUCCUGAGGACAGGCCCCCGAGACCCACUUACCUUUGCAAGCAGAGAAAUAGGAAGAUUCUACAGUCAAAUCCCUCCAAGAUCAUUUUUUCAUUCCCCGUUCUUGCUUUAAAAUUUCGAAAAAGAAGCCAGCUGUCUUCACGCCUUCUGUUCUUCCAGAGAGGAAGGGAUCAGGGGCAGGAGAGGUUUGUCACCAGGCAGGGCAUGUCCCAGCAGGUCCCCGAGUUCCCGAGUCCCCGUUUUGUACACCAAGCCUGGUCUGGGGCGUGAACUCUUUCUUCCCACAAGGGGUUAGCAGUGUGUGCAGAGGUGUCUGGUUCUUUUAUCUGAGUUUCUGUAGCUUGGUAGAUGUUCCGAUGCUUAUUAUCAGUUGAGCAGUUAUGGCUGCAGCCUGUUUCUCAGAUAAUUUAAAUGCAAUUCUGUUUUCUUGUCCGAGAAAUGAUUAUUUAUCUUGCUUUCAUAGUGUUCUUAGGAAUUAUUUUGUUAUUAUGUGUUGGUGAGUUAAACCCAUUUUAUUAUUUAUUUAGAAAAAAAACCAGGAUGGUUUGUAAUGACGUAUUUGGUAGCAGUCUCUCUCACUGCAAGAAAUAAAGAGGAAAGCUUUUUUCUGAAUGAUAUGAACCUUUGUAAUUGGGGAGACAUCUCUACAUCAUCCUUUAAAAGUAAAUUUUUUCAUUUUGGA